AUGGACAAACUGGAUUUAAUCAAAGGACAAAUCCUACUGCUCGAGCUAGAAGAUGAGUGUGUAAUCGGCGAGAUUUUACACAUCGGUGCAAAAAAAUCAUUUGUUCGGCUGCAAAAUGUCCGCGACUUCCAGAGUAAUUUGCCGAUCCGUGGUAACCAGGAUUAUUACAGCUCCGAAAUCAGAAGUAUUAAAAUCAUCGAACAAAGUGACCCGGUCGAUCCGUGCAAUGCGUCCUCCGUUGUGUCUACCACGGCGGCACAAUCUGUCACCCGUAUCGAUCUGGAUGAUGUGCAGGAAAUCUUCGACAGAAUCAACGCGCACGUGUUUAUACACCAAACCGAUAUGAAGUACCACGACGCAAUAAAAUACUUGAAAACUCAAAAACUUAUUGCUUUGACGAUGGAAGGGAUUGCAGGGGGACGACACGCCAGUGCCCCCUCGUUGCUGUCCAUUUCCACGCUGGAGCGGAUCUACGUGUUCGACGUGAUGUGGAUGAACGUGCCGAACGACCUGCGAAUGAUCCUGGCAAGCUCGAAGGUGCGUCGCGUUGUUCAUAAUGGUCGACUGUUGGAGGAUGUGCUGAAACAUCGGUACGGGGCACCCCUGGGGAAGUGCUUCGAUACGCUGGUCGCACACGUUUCCACAAGCUAUGAUGACCAGAGCGAGUUGACCAUUCAACAGUGUUUGUCAAAAUACUUAAAUCUGCCUAACAAUUUUUUCGACGGAAAUAUUACAUUUGCUAACAGGCCCCUGAACGAAAACCAGCGCAAGGCAGCCGCCAAAAACGUGGCUUUUCUGCUAGCAUUGCAGGAUUAUCUCGUCCAUGAGGUGAUGCUGGAACCGUUUUAUCAAAGCUGCAAUCGAUACGGAGCCAGCUUGGCCGCUGGGGAUGAACAUUACACUAGCAUUUUAAAACUAUCCAAGGGGCGGAACGAGGAUUUGAUCGACAUUGACCGGUUUAAGUUGAACCUUCGGCAAAGUGAUGAGCACAAAGAAGAAUGCAGUACGCCCACCACAGUUUAGAGUUGAGUAAAUUGGUUUUGAUUUUUUUUUGUUAUUUUUGGCCAUGUAGAGCAAAAUCGACCGGGCAUCACCAAAUCAGUCAUGUAAUUAUAAAAAAGAUUUAAGAUAAA